AUGCUUCGUACCGCUGUCCGUCGAUUCUCCGCUGAAGCGUCCAAGCAACGACCGAAGAGACACCACAAAAAGAAAAAUCACUUCGCGACGGCUGGUCUUCCGCUUGUGCUCUUUAUCGUGGGCGGAUACGUGGCCUUGACGCAGUUUGUUGGCGGCAAGUACGAAGCGAGAGAUCACAUGGUGAAAAGUCAAUCGGAGCACUUGUUCAACUUGGAGGAAGAGCACAAGAAAAUGACUAAGAAGUUGACUCUGGACGACUUCGAGAUCAAGCCUGUGCCCAAGCCCAAGGAGGACCCAUAG